GGCUCCGGCUCCGGCCCGGCAGGUGGUGGGGGAGGCUCCGCCUCCCGCGCAGGCGGCUCCGCUAAGCCCACGUAGCGCUGGCGCUGCCCGGCCCCGGAGGCGGUGAGGUGUUGCGGGGCGCGCCACUUGCCGCGCAGCCAUGAGCUUCAAUCGCACGGAGAGCGACUGGCAGGGGCUGGUGGGCGAGUAUCUCGUAUGUAAAAGAAAGCUAGAAAGUAAAAAGGAAGCAUUGCUGAUACUUUCCAAGGAACUGGACACAUGUCAACAGGAGAGAGACCAAUACAAGCUUAUGGCCAAUCAGCUGCGGGAACGUCACCAGUCACUGAAAAAGAAAUACCGGGAGCUGAUUGAUGGGGAUCCCUCUCUUCCUCCUGAAAAAAGGAAACAGGCUAAUCUUGCCCAACUAUUGAGUGAUUCUCGGGAUCGAAAUAAGCACCUGGGAGAAGAAAUUAAACAACUUCAACAAAGACUGGGAGAAGUACAAGGAGACAACAAGCUCCUUAGAAUGACAAUAGCAAAACAAAGACUUGGAGAUGAAGAAGUUGGGGCGCGCCACUUUGCAGCACACGAGCGUGAAGACCUUGUUCAGCAGCUGGAGAAAGCACGAGAACAAAUUGAGACUCUGGAACAUGAUCUUCAAGCCGCGUUGGAUGAACUGCAGGAUGUAAAGGAAGAACGCUCUUCUUACCAAGAUAAAACAGACCGACUCAACCAAGAGCUUAAUCACAUCCUGGGAGGACAUGAAAAUCGCAUCAUUGAUGUAGAUGCCCUGUGUAUGGAAAACAGAUACCUUCAAGAGAGAUUAAAGCAACUUCAAGAGGAGGUCAACCUUCUUAAAUCUAAUAUUUCUAAGUACAAGAAUGCUCUAGAGAGACGGAAAAAUUCAAAGAUUCACAGUAGAUCCAGCAGCAGUGCACUGACUGGAGUCCUUUCUGCAAAGCAAGUCCAAGAGUUGUUAUCGGAGGACCAUGGUUGUAGCCUACCCGCCACGCCGCAGUCCAUUUCAGAUCUCAAAUCUUUGGCUACUGCCUUGCUGGAGACUAUCCAUGAGAAAAACAUGGUCAUACAACACCAAAGGCAAACCAACAAAAUUCUAGGUAAUCGGGUGGCAGAAUUAGAGAAGAAGCUGAGAACUUUGGAAAUUUCUGGUUUGUGGAGUCUUCCAGGCCUGAGCUACAAUGUCUCAGUGGGAUUUGGGAGUGGAAAAGAUACCAUAACAUUCAGUGACCCAACUCUGCCUGUUCUACAGAGGUCAAGAUCGCCAUUGCUAACAUUUGCUGACAAGCCACAACAGAAUCAAGCACAGAGGCAUGAAGCAAAACAGAAUGGAAAACAAGAUGAAAUUUAUGCUGUUUCAACAGAGUUGACAGUUCCAGAGGAAGCUGCUACGGUCUACGACAAUUCCCAAGCGAACAUAAAUAACAGUAACCAAACGAAGCCUUUUCAUCCCUCAUUACCCAAGUUUCCUUCUGAGGAGGAAGAAAUAAACAGUCUUGGAAGUAAAAUAAUUAAAUUGACAGAAGAACAGGCAGCUGCAGAACUGGAAGGGAGCAGAACAGAAAGUCUACCAGAGGGCCGGAGUACAAUGGACCAAUCAGAACUUAGCAGCUCAUCCAAGGAAGAGUCCCCCUUAUCCAGCCCUGACCCAUUUGACCCUGUGGAGCCAUCAAAUUCCAAGAAUGAGCAUGCAGCUGAAAAUUGGGUCCUGAAAGACCGUGAGGAAAUCUCAGAGAAUGAAUGUGAAAAUGUAAGUAAGAGAGAGGGUGGAAAUGGCAACACACUGGACGCUGAAGACACAGAAGGAUGUGGAGAACUAACUGUUUCAACCUCUGACUUAAGCAACAUCUCCAGUAAUCCCCCUGAACCUGAGUGUGACAAAUCAUCUGAUCCUUCUGAAUGCUCCGAAUAUUUGGAUAACAGCAUGGCUUGUGGUAUGAAAUCCAAGAUCUCAAGCUUCUCCCUUUCAUCCUCUUACAGUGGAAGCUGUACUGCCAUGAGUACGGAUAGUCACCGAAUUAAUCUGCCAUAGAAUUGGGUUUUUUACAUGGGUCUGUCAGCAUUUGUCCAUUAAAAAGAUGUUUUUCUAUUAACAUUGACUGUGCUUAACCAAAAUAAUGUAAAUAUAUAAAAUGGAUAGAACUUGAAAAUGAUGGGGGCCAGGGUUAAUGAUGGCUCUGGUGUUUACAGUGAUUGAAGUUUCUAGAGAGACUGACAUAAUUGAGAAAAAAUGGGGCCAGGAGACUCACCAUUAUCCUUUAUCAUGUCAAGUCCUAGCUGGGUCUCCAUAGCAUGUAUGCUCUUGUCCAAUGCACAAUGCUUACUGGUGUGUAUUUUAGGAGUUUCAAAUGGCUAUUUUCAGCAGAUGAAAAUUUGAAAUGAUAAACUAAAAGAAUGUAAAGGUAACAGGCUUUUGUUUAUUUUUCCAAACUUGUGUUCUCUCUGUGCAUACUUGCUGUGAGUGCAUAUUUAGAAUAGCAGCAUUUGAUUCCUACUGAAAAGCAAAAUGGUUUUGAAAAGUAGCCCCUGCACAUGCAGUUUCCAUCUCUUAAACCUUCAUAUCUCCUCUACAUUCCUCUCAAGUUUUCCUUCCUCCACUCGCCCCAAGGAAACACAGGGGCUUAGGCCACAAAGUAUUAAGGCCCCAUUCCAGCUGAAGCUCUUAAAGCUGCUCUAGUACAGGGAAAGUUCCCCGUGGAAGUAAAAAAAUCAUCCUAGGGGGCGUAGCAGAGCUGCCCGGGGGGUU